AUGGCUCUACUUGCUAGGCCCACUUCGCGUGAGACAGGGCAUUCAAGCGCGCUUACACAGCUUGAUGAAGAUGCUAGCAUCAGGCCUGGUCACGAAGACUCCGCAUCCAUGUCCAUUGAGUUAGGUCUGGAUCGCAUUCAACGACUGCUGCAAUAUCUGCCGCCAUAUACCCGCCCAACCAUUCACGUCGGGGGCACCAAUGGCAAAGGAAGCGUCACCUCGAUGCUAUCGUCUAUCCUUUUGGCAUCCAACCCGCCGCUUUCUGUAGGACGAUUCAACAGCCCUCACCUACUUUCCGUCUACGACUCAAUAGCUAUAAACGGUAAAGAGGUGUCGCCAAGAGCAUACGAUGCCGCCAGAAGUACCGUUGUCAGCGCGGAUAAGGAGCAUGGGACAAGGUUAACCAACUUUGAGCUGCUCGCCGUGACGGCACUCGUAAUCUUCGAAACAGCAAAGGUGGAUAUUGCGGUGAUCGAAGUCGGCCUCGGAGGACGCCUGGACGCCACAAAUGCCAUCCCCGAUGAUUCCAUCCUCGUCUCGGCAAUGACUACGGUUGGCGUUGACCAUCAGGCCUUCUUGGGCAAUACUCCUUCUGCUAUUAGCUCGGAGAAGGCCGGUAUAGCGAGAAAGAACAAGCCGUUUAUACUUGGUAAACAGCAAUACCCUGAAGUGUACGAUGUGGUGGAAACAAUCGUGCGAGGUGUAGGCGGAGAUUUGAUCCGAGCUCGUCAGGUCACCCGUCGAGAGUGGAAUGUCCAUGUCGAUGGGCAGCGUUUCGAGACGACUUUUGACGGGAAACACUUCAAAGCACCCCCUGGACAGCCUAUCUCAUUGGACAUGCCAUAUUUCCCGGCCCCCAUUCACAGCCAACUUCCUUUACAAGGGGCACAUCAGCUGGACAAUUUGGCGAUCGCUUCAGAAAUCGUGUCUACUUUGCUCAUUCAUCCAGCGUGCGCUCCCUUGGGCUUCUGCAAGCACAUCACCGCCGAUUCAAUAGCCAAGGGAAUCAGGGAGGUCGUAUGGCCCGGGAGGUUAUCCUUCCAUAUCUAUUCAACGAAGGAGAUCAAACCCAUUGUAGUUCUGGUUGACGGUGCACACAAUUCUGCUUCGGCCGCUACGCUCUCCGAUUAUAUCGCGCAUCUGCUGUCAAUGUCAGACGGUUCAAACUCGUCAAAGACCCGGAGUAUCAACCUAACGUUUAUCCUUUCCCUCUCACACUCUCCCCCUAAAACCCCUCUCCAAACACUGUCGCCCCUGUUUCCUUUGCCUGCACUCGGCUCGAAGCUCACCCUCAAUCUGAGUGUGGCGGCCGUGGAUUUCACGCCUCCGGAUGGAAUGCCUUGGGUGAAAUCCGUACCACCCUCUGAGAUACUGGAGGUGGUCAACGGCCUCGUCCCUGACACAACAGUAUGGGCACCCUCAGACGCUAGUACACAUCCGCUAGAAGAUGCUCUAUUGUGGGCAUCGACUCGCUGCGAUGACCAAAGCGAAUCUCUGGUGGUUAUCUCUGGGAGCCUGUACCUAGUAGCAGAUUUCUAUCGGUUAUCUGGCAGUGAUCUGAACUUGUGA